CUAAUGCGCCGUGUGUCUGUUUCCUCACGUUGGCCUGUCACUGUCUGGUUCAGCCAUGUGACUCCUGAAGGAACUGAAGUCACACAUUGACAGUGACACGGCAAAUUAUUACCGCUUCACUGUUGACACUUACUCAGUGAAACGUAUGAGUAUGAACGGCUUAGGAGGCUUAUUGUGUGUCUGUCCAAUAACAUGAAGCCAGGCGGCCAACUCCCUUUGGAGGAGUCGGUGAAAUCCGAUGAAAAUGAAGGUCAAGUCCCAGUCAGACCUGUUUGGCUUAGCGCUCAGCACAAGCCUUCAUCCCCGUGGUGGAUGAACAGAUAACGAGACAAUGGAGUCGACUGUGAUGCUUUUGUUCUCUUGACACGACGACUUUAAACUUAAAGACUCUGGAAAACCAGUGACUAAAUAGUUUUUUUUUUUUCCUUCUGUAAAUACAGAGAGGAAAGGCUUGUGUUGGACAAACAAGAGGAAAACAAUGCUGUAAAUUGACCUUUUUAUUUUUAUUUUUAAUUGUUUUCUUUUUUUAAUUUAAUGGCAGGAUUGUAAAAGUGUUGGGAGCUACAUGUUUUUGCUUGUUGGAUGGACUUAUGGGGGGAGUGGACAAGGAGCAAGCAAGAGGAAAUCUGAAGCAGGAAAGAAAGGAGGGCAGAGGUUUUGGUAAUUAGAGGGCCACUCAAUUGACAGCCACUGGCCCGGGUUGGCUGUUUGACCAGGCGCAGGUCCUGCUCGGGCUGCUCCUGCUGUGGAGGGGACCUGGGGGCGUGCCAGGACAUUCCGCGUGUCACUUUCUGUACAGCCAACCCACGUCUCUUGUAUUUUGUAAUUUCCUUUUUGGAAAAAAGAGGGCUAGAAGGAAGUAUUAUUGCUCACUUGCUCCUUUACUUUUACAUUUCCCCCUAACAGGCUCAAAGGAGGAGGACGAGGCUGCGUGCAUGUCUGGGAUAUCACUAGCACUGUAACUGUGUCAUUUUUGGAUCAUCUAGUUUAUCGAGAGGUGUCAUUAUUCCUUUUUUGUUGUUGUUUUUUGUUUGUUUUUCCAAUAUGGACUGUUUGAACCUAAAAAUGCAGGAAGCAGCAGAGUACAACAUGAAAAUGCAUCCCAUGUGGCAGGGACCCCUCGCAGUGCCGGGAGGCGACCGCCAGUCUCCCAUCGACAUCGUGGUGAGGAAGAGCGUGUUUGACCCGGCGCUGAAGCCUCUGACCGCCGAGUACGACCCGCACACCUGCCAACAAAUCUGGAACAACGGUUACUCCUUCCUGGUGGAGUAUGACGACACUACAGAUAAAUCCACGCUGAAAGGGGGCCCUCUGAAAGACAAAUUCAGGCUGUGCCAGUUCCACUUCCACUGGGGUGAGAGCAACGCCUGGGGGUCGGAGCACACUGUGGACCGCAGGCUGUUCCCUGCAGAGCUCCACAUUGUCCACUGGAACUCGGACAAGUACAGUCUGUUUGAGGAGGCGGUGAUGGAGGAUAACGGACUAGCUGUUAUUGGGGUGUUCCUGAAGGUGGGAAAGAGACACGAGGGCCUGCAGAAACUGGUGGAUGCCCUGCCUGCAGUCAGACACAAGGGUAGUGUGGUAGAGUUUAACAGGUUUGACCCUGCCUGUCUGUUGCCCUCCAACACUGAUGACUACUGGACCUACCACGGCUCUCUGACCACGCCUCCUCUGACCGAGGCCGUCACCUGGAUCGUCAUGAAGCAGCACAUCGAAGUCAGCCACGACCAGCUGGCGGUCUUCCGGAGCCUUCUCUUCACCUCGGCGGAGGAGGAAGUGCAGAAGAGCAUGGUGAACAACUUCCGUGUGCAGCAGCCUCUCCGGGGCCGCACCGUCCGCUCCUCCUUCAGCCCCUUCCUGCAGGGGGCGCCGUCGGCCGAGGGUGACCACCACACCCACUGACCCCUCUGGACCCCCUACAGAUCCACUGUCACAUGCACACAAACACACACCAUGACCACCAUUACACACACACACAAGGACCGAAACAAAUCCCUGAGCCGCGGCAGAUCCCAGCGGGUGGGAGGGUUCCUCAGGCCCGGCACGGUGCGCCUCUCUCUGCCCGGCUGCAGCUUUAAUUUGUUUUCUGCCAAACUGCCGAGGAAACCUUACGACAGAGCUGCCUCGGCGUCAGCAGCACAGCGUGGAGCUGCUGAGGCAGAAAACACAUUUUAGAUUCUCUUCACAUUUUAGAUUCAGUCGUUCAGUGUGAGGAGGGUGCCUUUGCCCUGUUCUCUUCUUUCACAGAAUGAAUAAGGUUAUUAUUGACUUACAUAACAACAGAGUUUUACAUUGGGUAUGGAAUUUAGACACAAACAAGUUAGAUGAAGCUGCUGUUUCUGGGUUAGGUCAGGUUACGAUUUUUUUUUCUGUUUUUAUUGUUUUUUUGCCUCAGAUUUUCUGAAUGGUUUUACUCUUCACCAAAACAGCUGUUUCUUUUAACCAAUAAGGGAUGAGAGUGGUGGUUAUUGUGAGGAAACUGUUGUUUUUCCUCAUUUUUAUUAAUAUUGAUAAUAUUUAUUCAUGCCUCCUACAUCAAGCACAGUUUAUUCAGAUGCUGUCCAUGAGUUUUUAGGUGCAGCUGUGCAUUGAGAGCAGAAACAGCGCCAUGCGCUGGCCACAGUCAGUACUGCAACACAGUCUGCUCUGACUUGCUGCCUGUGGAUUUUUGUCCAUAGAAGGAGGUUGGAGCUGCUGCCGGUUUACUGCAUGACGCCCAGGAGAUUGUCAGUUUAUUGGCUGGGGAGUGCGCCUCUCCAAUACUGUAAAUGUAUAUCAGAUAUCACAGAGGUAGCUCUAUUACCAUGCUGUCAUUUAAAACUUUUAAAAUCAUUUAUUGUUUGUUGUUCGGUGUGUUAAUUAUUGUUAUUGUCAACUGUAGUUUAUUAAAAUGGAUGGAAUGUACUUCUUAAUCUGUUACUAAGAAAUUAUCUACAUCUGGCAGUCAGACAAGGAUGGAGAAUUAUUUUCUCUUCAAAUUCCUUGUCAUGGCUUUUCUCUAAUCAGCUGAGUGGAUGUUUGCCUGCCACUCGUACCUCAUUAAUGUUGAGUUUUAAAGGAACUCUUCUGAGCCCUGGUUCUUCCAGUGGAGAAACCAGAGGGUACAUUAAAUAUGUAACUGAUGUGCAAAAAACCAUGCUAGUUUAUUGUAGCACAUGCAUUUAUGAUGACAAUGUUCUGAUUGAAGCGGUCAGACCUCUUCCUUAAGUGUUACAGUAGCCUGGUACCAUACAGUGCCUUUUACAUGUUGUCUGUGGGACUCACUGCCACUUGCAGAGUUUCUGUAAUGCAUCUUACUGUGUAAAUCAUCUCCCUUCCGCUGUUAAUUCCAUCAAGCUGUGACUGAGUCCAGUGGUUUUGAACAUAACCGCUCUGGCAGCAUACUGCAGCCAAACUGAGGGAAAAUAUCUUGAGCUGACUAAACUGAAUUAUAUGAAGUAGAUGUAGUUAGAGCAGGAAAGUGUUUGGCCGCAGCAGAGCUUCCUCCACAGCACGCCGCUGUGCCUCAGCCACUGAGCCAUGCCCGGUGCUGACCGUGUCAUGUUCCAACAGGCUGCCAGAUUGGCUGAAAGAAUCAAACUGCUGUUUGCCGUGUCUGAAAGAAUGAACUGCUUUCACUAUUUGAGCUCCAAGAGGAUGAUUUUCCCCACCCAGAGCUUUAACAGCCCUCCGAGUAAAAAUUCAACAAGCUAAGGCGAAACAGGCGCUUCCUUUGAUCUGCUUUAUGAAGUGUCGGUAUUUGUGGGAAUUUAAAACAGCCGAGAUGGCAUUUCAGUGCAGGGCGUGGUGAUGAAUGAAGCAAGCCUUUGCAGCCUUGCAUCAUGUAGUACAAGUGGCUCCGCCCACUGUGACUCACAUCGAGCAGUUGUGCCCUGGUUACGCCUCGCUUCGCAGCGCUGUUCAGAGAGAGACAUGGCAUCAGGAGCAGAUGUGUGCUGAGCUGGAGAAAGAGCUGCUGGAGUCAGUGCAGACAUUUACUCUUGAAUCUGCUCCGUUCAGCUGUGUUGGAAUGAAUGAGAGAAAAGGAGAGAAGGGGAAUGGAAGAGAGAGAGAAACGAAAAGGGAAAGAAAGCUGUACAAGUCAUUUCAGAAUCCAGACAUGUGCAUUCUUUGAUAUGAAAGUCCACAUUUAGUUCCUCAGAUAUGCGUGGUUUCACAAGACUUGCUUUUGGACAGGAAACUGAGAUGUUUUGCUCUAAAAGACAGGAAACCACAUGACAGGUUUGUCUGAUUUGGUACAGACUGAGCAGAGUUUACAUUAAAGCUGCUUCUGAGUUUAGGCAAGGAUGACAUGUUGUGGCUGUCUUUGUAACCCCUCAGUAAAGAUGCAGUGGUCGAAACUGACCUCUCCUCCUUUUUGUAGAAGCCCUAUGUUCCCCGCACACACACACACACACACACACACAGUUUCACACACCAGUUAACACCCCCCCCAUCUCCCCAGGGGCCCAGCAGCAGGUCCUCCAGAGGCUCCAUAGCUGAGGCCUGUAGCUGCGUGUUGAUCAGUCUGUUAACUGAGAGAUCUGGUGCUGACGCUCGGUGAGAGCUGCUGGUGCUGCUGGUGUGACGCUAACUCGCUCUGAAGCCUGUUGACGCGCUAAAUAAACCUUUUUAAUGUGAUCUGAGGAACGUCCACCCUGAUCAUGUUCAUGAGUAACUCUAUGGGGAGUGAUUACUUUUUUUUCUGAAAUCUUAAAGCAGAGAGAUAAUAUCAGUGUGUAUCGCAAUAACUUGAAGACAAGGGACCUAAUACUGCCUUCACAAUGUACAGCAAUAUUUCAUUCAUGUGUAAAAGUCAUGUACCAUGAUCUGCCUUCAUCAUAUUUCAUGUUUUUUUUUUUUUUUUUUUUUUUUAAACUAAUGUUCUUUUUUGCCAGAAUGCAUUACCAAUAUAUUCCAGUGUGAGUGUGACUGUUCAGGUGGUUGAGGAUUGUUUCUAAUCUGCCGUCUGUGUCGAAGCUGAGGUGCUGAUUAAAGACCAGAGAUUAACGUCGGCUUAACUUCCCUCACAGAUGUUUAAAAUAAUGAGACGAUAACAUCUAAGAAAUCUGCUCUCUGUGCAUUGCAGGAGUCACAAAUCUCUCUGUUUUGUGCAUCUUUGGGAGUUCUCCUGACUUUUUCGUCUUGGUCUUUCAUGUCCCUGUGCCGCCGCCCGGCCCCUCGCUGCGCUCUGAUGUUUUAGCAGGUGUGUGCCGCGGGCUCGCUGAAUGUGUAGUUGUGUGUGGUGAACACUAAGCAGUAUGUAGUACAUAUUUUUGCUGUUUAUUUGAUCUGUGGGCAGCCAACAUUCCUGCCCUGCAGGGCUCUACAAGGCCUCUCUCCCCUCCCAGCAUGCCUUGCUCCACCUGGAUGUCUCCUCAUUGGCCCCGUCCAGCUGUGCAACCAGGAAGCUGUUUGCUCCCAGAGACCCCUGCUCCUCAGGGGAACGCAGUGUGUGUGUUGAUCAGAUAACACAGAUGUAAAGAUCAUUUGAAAGAAGUUGGUAUGUGAAUACAUAAUAAUCAUGAAUAAAGUAAUGAGUGCUUUAAAAAAAA